ACUCCGUCACUCGUGAGACUCUACCUGUCCGUCGUCUUCUUCUUCUUCUUCGAUCACUCUGGCUCGUUCGUUGGCUCGGCCGGCGUAGGAAUCGCGCGAUUCGACUCGGUCUGCCUCGACUGGUCCGAUGAAGUGCAGAGCCGUCGCGUGUCUUUGGUCUGGCGCGCCUCCGUCUCAUCGGAUUACUGCCACCGCUGUUCUGACCCAACCUGCGACGCUCUACACCGCCGGAUCUGAUGGGUCCAUCAUCUGGUGGAGCAUCUCCUCUUCCGAGUCCAACUCGGAGGUUAAGGCAAUUGCUAUGCUGUGUGGUCAUGCUGCACCUAUAGCAGAUCUUGCCGUAUGUGAUCCUACUGCAGUUUCAGGGAAUGGAAAUACAGCGAGUUGUUCAAACAACGAUGAAAUGAACUCGAUCCAUCAUAGCCGAGCAUUGAUUAGUGCAUGUACUGAUGGCGUCUUGUGUGUAUGGAGCAGAAGUAGUGGGCACUGUAGGCGUAGGAGAAAGCUACCUCCUUGGGUGGGCAGUCCUUCAGUUUUGUGCACCUUGCCUUCAGAGCCGAGAUAUGUCUUUGUUGGAUGUUCUUUUUUCGAUAAUCAUUCCCUUGAUUCAGUUGAAGGUGUUGAUGCUUCUGCUGAUGCAGAUUCUCAUAACAGAAAGUCACCGAAAUGCACAGUGGUGGUUGUCGAUACGUAUACUCUUACGAUUGUUCAGACAGUCUUCCAUGGAAAUUUAUCGAUCGAGCCUUUUAAGUUCAUGGGUGUGGUUCAAUUGGAAGAAAAUGAAUGCUUGCUCAUGGCAGAUUCAUCUGGUAUGCUGCAAUUGGUUCCUGUGUCAGAGGACCCGCACAAGGAUGGUGAGCGCGAAACAGGAGUGGGCAAAGGCUCCUUUACAUUUAGAAAUGUGUUAAAUGAGGGAGAGAUGGUUGUAUCAGUGACAACACAUCAAAAUCUCGUUGCUCUUCUGUCAAAGCAUCGGUGCGUGUUUUGGUUGUUGAGUCAGGGCAAGGCAAUAGGAGAGAUCUCUUUUGUUGAGAAUCUGGUCUGUGCAGGAGAUCAUUCUCUUAACACACAUGUUAAAGGAGCUAUGUUUCUUUCCUCCUGGAAUACAUCUACUGCCAAAAAUGAUCAACAUGAUAUAAAUUCUGAAAAAAUUGUGGUGUGGAAUGAUGGCGGUUCUGCUGUUAUGUAUGACAUAUCAUAUAGAAACUUAGAAUUUACAUUUAAGAUUCUUGGUGAGGUUGUUAUCGGUUCGGAUCAGUGUAAUGGCAAAUCGCUGUUUCGCUUUGUACAGUUGAGGCAGCAUCUUCUUCGUGUUGAAUCAAGCUGUUGUGACAUUGAAGAACCUCUGCAGUGGAGGCCCAAUAUAACAGUCUGGUCAUUAUGUCAUGGAAAUGGAAACGAAAGAGAAUUACAGAUUCCGUGCAAAAUGCUUGGAGAAGGACCUUGUUUUACUGAUUGGUUCUCAAGCUCUUGUUUGAAUCUUGGGGAUGGAAAUGCUAGCGAAACCAGUAUUUCACAACCAGGAAGUCAAUGCACUAGCGAUUACAAUCUUAAAAUUUAUGCUUGUGACAAGGGCCGGACUGUGUCUUCUUCCAUGGUUAUCUCUGAGAACACAUAUGCUCCGUAUGCUGUUGUCUAUGGCUACUCUAGUGGUGAAAUAGAAAUCGUAAAGUUUGAGUUGCUUCAUGGACUUGAUUCACCUGCUGCAAGCCCGAGAUUGGAGACCGAUUCACUUGUCUCUAAACAGAUAUUCUCUGGACACACGGGGGCUGUCAUAUGCUUGGCAGCUCAUCGGAUGCUAGGCAAAGCAAACGGAUGGAGUUUUACUCAUGUUUUGAUAUCUGGAAGUAUGGACUGUACGGUCCGUUUAUGGGAUCUCGACAGUGGAAAUGUAAUUAUGGUCAUGCACCACCAUGUAGCCCCUGUGCGCCAGAUUGUUCUUGCACCUGCUCGGACGGAACGCCCAUGGAGUGAUUGUUUUCUUUCUGUCGGGGAUGACUCAUGUGUUGCUCUUUCUUCCCUAGAGACUUUGCGAGUGGAGAGAAUGUUUCCAGGACACCCGGGCUAUCCUGCAAAAGUAGUUUGGGAUGGUGCAAGAGGCUAUGUUGCAAGCCUUUGUAGAUCCCGUUCUAGAGCAUCAGAUCCAACUGAUGCCUUGUACAUUUGGGAUAUAAAGACAGGUGCUCGAGAGCGUGUUCUCCAUGGAACUGCUGCACAUUCCAUGUUUGAUUAUUUCUGUACAGGCAUCAGUGUGAAAUCCAGUUAUGGCGCUGUGCUAAAUGGAGAUACCUCGGUAUCAUCUUUACUUUUUCCAGUGGACGAAGAGAAAAGUUCAUUUUAUUUGAAGAACUAUGAGAGAGUGGGUUCUUUGUCAUCAAUGUCUAAGUCAAGUGCUUCUGAGACAAAUUCUAGGCAAGGGAAUCCUGUAGAACCAUCUUCUCUUCAAAGCAAAGCAUAUCCUCCUAUCAAAUGCACUUGCCCUUUUCCUGGAAUCUCUGCUCUGAUUUUUGAUCUUUCGUCAUUGGCAAUUUCUUCGCAAGUGCAUGCCGACUCUAGGCAUGAGACUGUGGAAGAAAGGGCUGGCAUUCCAACUGCACAUCAUAAGACUUCAAAUGGCAAGUCUCCUGGCCGACAAAUUGCAGCUAACUCUGCAGAAGUCACUCACAUGGACAAGGCAAUUGAGGAAUAUCUGAUUCGAUUUAGUUUAUCGUUUCUGCAUUUGUGGGGUAUAGAUUCUGAACUCGAUCAAAUGCUAAUGACACAAAUGAAACUAAAAAGACCAGGGAAUUUUAUAGUAGCCUCCGGUUUGCAGGGAGACAAAGGGUCAUUGACAUUGACAUUCCCGGGUUUGAGUGCGAUAUUUGAGCUCUGGAAAUCAUCAUCUGAGUUUUCUGCUCUGCGAUCCAUGAUGAUGGUGUCGCUUGCACAGUGCAUGAUUAGUCUCUCUCACUCCACUGCUCCAGCUAGUAGUGCCUUGGCGACAUUCUAUACACGGAUUCUUUUCGAGAAAUAUCAAGAUUUGAAACCACCUUUACUCCAGCUUUUGGUGACAUUCUGGCAAGAUAGAAGCGAGCAAGUCCGUAUGGCCGCUCGGUCUUUAUUCCACUACGCUGCUUCUUUAGCAAUACCUCUUCCAUUGUGCAGUGAUCACGCAUGUGAACACGCGAAACUGGUGAGAUCUCUAUCUGGAAUCAGGGAACCGGAAUGCGAUUCUCAGAACACAGAAGAAGAUCCCACAGACAACAAUAUGGCCUCUGAGCAGUUUCAUGAAGCUCAUCGGGUUUCUCAGGCCGAGGAGUCAGAACUGCUUUCGUGGCUUGAAUCUUUUGAAAUGCAAGACUGGGUUUCUUGUGUUGGUGGGACAAGUCAGGAUGCAAUGGCAUCUCACAUAAUUGUUGCUGCCGCCUUAUCAAUUUGGUACCCGAGUCUUGUGAAACCUAGUCUGCCCAUGCUGGUUGUCCACAGAUUGAUAAAUCUUGUCAUGGCCAUGAAUGAGAAAUACAGCUCCACGGCCGCAGAGCUUCUCUCAGAGGGCAUGGAGACUACGUGGAAACAAUGGAUAGGACCUGACAUUCCUCGUAUAGUUUCGGAUAUAUACUUCCAGAUAGAAUGUGUCAGUGGUUCAGGUUCAUCCGGAGAACAUAAAUAUGUACCAUCGACAUCUAUUAAGAAGACCCUGAUUGAAGUUCUUCUCCCGAGUUUAGCCAUGGUUGACGUUCUAGGGUUUCUGAGCAUAAUAGAGAGCCAGAUAUGGUCCACUGCUUCUGAUUCGCCUGUUCAUAUAGUGUCUCUCUGUACUCUGAUCAGAAUUGUUCGUGGUUCUCCGAGAAAUCUGGUGUUGCAUCUUGACAAGGUAGUUAACUUCGUUCUUCAGACGAUGGACCCGAGCAACUCUGUCAUGCGUAGGACUUGCCAUCAAACUUCUAUGACAGCAAUAAGAGAACUCAUGCGUGUGUUCCCAAUGGUGGCCCUGAAUGACUCGUCAACAAGGUUAGCUGUCGGGGAUGCAGUCUCGGAGAUCAACAAUGCUAGCAUUCGGAUACAUGACAUGCAAAGUGUUACGAAAAUAAAGGUGUUGGAUGCGAGUGGACCUCCAGGGCUUCCACGUCUGCUCGGAGGAUCAUCAGAAUCUGCAGUAACAACAGCUAUAUCAGCUCUCAGCUUUUCUCCAGAUGGAGAGGGACUGGUUGCAUUUUCGGAAAAUGGGUUAUUGAUCAGAUGGUGGUCUCUCGGGUCGAUUUGGUGGGAGAAACUGAGCAGAAGCCUCACUCCCGUUCAAUGCACAAAACUGAUCUUUGUUCCUCCUUGGGAAGGAUUCUCAUCCAACACUUUUAGGUCCAGUGUUAUCUCAACUAUCACCGGACAGGAUCAAGACCGAGUUGCCCAAGAAAAUUGUAAUAACUUGAGCAAUGCAGACUGGGUAAAGCAACUCGUUCAUCAUGUUGACCUCUCAUACCGUCUCGAAUGGGUCGGAGAACGGAAAGUACGACUCACAAGACACGGUGUUGAGUUGGGCACUUUCCCUUUGUAGCCCGAACUCCAAUUGAAAGCAUCCGAGUGUUUCAGACGAAAACCUAAGCUCUUCUCCUACAUUUUGUUUUGAUCAGUUCCUUGAGUUUCUGCAGUUUCGGGGGCAGAAAAAGGGGAAAAAAAAAACCAGAGUUCAAGACAGAAGAACAAAGGGUAUCUAUCUGCCCAUUUAGGUAAAUUUUUUUGAAUAGUGAAUUUGUCUCAUAAUACAUAUUUGAAAUCAAUAGUAGCUCUAUGUUUAGUUGUUGCUUACUCACUCAUACACGUAAUGUUAUGAUUGAUUUGUGUAAAUUUGACACAUGCACACUGAAGUUGUUCUCUUCAAGACUUUUUGCAUAAAAUGUGAACGCAACUUCGGAUUAGGUC